AUGAUAAUCAAGAAAAAUAUCUCGAUUCCGCCUCUUCAAACCACCACAGCGAAGGCUCUCGGACUUCUAUCUCAGGGCCGCGCCCACAUCCGGGGUAGAGAGGACGCCAAUCUGGUUUUAGAGGCCCCUGUUCCCUGCGGUAAUUGGGCCAUUCGGCAGCCAGUGCAAACCAACCGACUUUUUCGUUCGAUCGGGUUUGUCAAAAAGGCGGCAAUAAAAGAAGCCACUGGGCCCGCCUCUCUACCUCUACGGGCUGGGAGGAAAGUCAGUCUAAGCGUAGCCUGGAACGUCCGUGGCCCCAUUGGGCCUAUGGUUGCCAAUCAGGCAUGCCAGCGCUCGGCCCCGCCCCCGAGGGCGCCCCGCCCCGCCUUCGCUCUCCCAGUCAGCGCGCGGAGACUGCAGGCUCAGGCGCAAAAUCCUGCGGGAGAGGGGGUGGGGCGACGGCUCUGGAGGCAGCGCGCCCGCGGGCAGCUUCGUUGUGACUCUUCAAGCUCUCGCGGCGGCGGCGUCGCACGCCUCGGUGUCUCCCGCGCGCACCCCAGCCGCCUCCUAGCGGCAAGGCGCCCUCUCCUACGGUAA